GGAGGAGAGAGGCGGAUCGGCUCCUGCUCUGAGCUCAGCUCCACUCUGCCUCUGACUCUGCGCUCAUUUGCCGCCCAAGCCUCUUGCUCCUGCCCCGGGACCCCUAGGUGGGGCCUAGAACCGGGCUGGUUCCUCGACUAGGCCCCCAACCUUUGGCUCACCUGGGUCCCCAGCCCCAACGGUGCGCUAAGCCGCCAGGGGGCGCCGUGUGAGCGCCCUAUCCUGGCUACCCGGCGCCCCCUCCCUCGGCCCAGGCGGGAGUGGGGCGCCGGGGGCCAUGCGGGGCCAGGGCCGCAAGGAGAGUUUGUCCGAUUCCCGAGAUCUGGACGGCUCUUAUGAUCAGCUCACGGGCCACCCUCCAGGGCCCACUAAAAAAGCGCUGAAGCAGCGGUUCCUCAAGCUGCUGCCUUGCUGCGGGCCCCAAGCCCUGCCCUCAGUCAGUGAAACAUUAGCCGCCCCAGCCUCCCUCCGCCCCCACAGACCCCGCCCGCUGGACCCAGACAGCAUAGAGGAUGAGUUUGAACUGUCCACCGUGUGUCACCGACCUGAAGGUCUGGAGCAGCUGCAGGAGCAAACCAAGUUUACGCGCAAGGAGUUGCAAGUUCUGUACCGGGGCUUCAAGAACGAAUGUCCCAGCGGAAUUGUCAAUGAGGAGAACUUCAAGCAAAUUUACUCCCAGUUCUUUCCUCAAGGAGACUCCAGCACUUAUGCCACUUUCCUCUUCAAUGCCUUCGACACUAACCAUGAUGGCUCAGUCAGUUUUGAGGACUUUGUCGCUGGUUUGUCGGUGAUUCUUCGGGGAACCAUAGAUGACAGGUUGAAUUGGGCCUUCAACCUGUAUGACCUCAACAAAGAUGGCUGUAUCACCAAGGAGGAAAUGCUUGACAUCAUGAAGUCCAUCUAUGACAUGAUGGGCAAGUACACAUACCCUGCACUCCGGGAGGAGGCCCCAAGGGAACAUGUGGAGAGCUUCUUCCAGAAGAUGGACAGAAACAAGGAUGGUGUGGUGACCAUUGAGGAAUUCAUUGAGUCUUGUCAAAAGGAUGAGAACAUCAUGAGGUCCAUGCAGCUCUUUGACAAUGUCAUCUAGCUCCUCAGAAGAAGGAGUUAGUGUGAUCUGGGGGCACCAUGUUCUAGUCCUAGUCUGGGCAGACCUCGCCCUUCUCUUCCCAGGUCUGUCCUCAUCUAAGCCCUACCCUGCGGGCUGUAGGGAUCCAAAAGCCUGGGGCUUCAGUAGUCUAGAACCCUGGAUUUGAAGAGGCCAGAGAGUGGGCAGAGUACAUCUGGUGGGUGUCCCAACUCCCAACAGCUUUUACCCCCUUCUUGCCUGACACCCAGUGCUGUGGGUACCUCUGCUAUAGGAAAUGAGUGAUGCCCACCUCCCAAGCCAAUUCUAGAAACCACAACACUAGACAGAAUGUCUCCUGCUAUGGUGCUUCCCCAUCCCUGAUGUCAUAAACACUUCCCCCUAAGUGUUUCUCAGAGAGGAUGCUCUGUCCUUGGCAUACUAGCUGGCUUUUCACCAGCCUUUGAGAGCCUUGUGGGAGGAAAACAGAAUACUAAGGGAGAAAUCUUGGGCCUGAGCCAGUGGUUUGGUCCUAGUAUCUGACUGGAGUAAAGAACAGAAAGGCCAUGGAAGAUCAUUAGACCUCAGGCAUGUUGUUAAAGCUCCAAGUUCCACAGUGUACUACCCCAGGCCAUUAGAGUUUCAAAACUUUUCAGAAGGCCUUUAUGUCACAGGAAUGUCCCAGAAGUUUUCCAUACCUUUCUCAGUAUUCUAGGAGAGCUUGGGAACCAGAUAUUUGGCUCAUCCCUGAAAUUCCUUCUCUCCCCCCCUCCUUCCUGCUUGUAUGGUGGUGGUGGUAGGGAUUGUGAGUGGGAGAUGUCUUGGUUGAUGCCUAACAAAGUUACAGCCUGCUCUUCCUGCUCAUUGCCUAUUUUGUUUCACUUGCCAUGUCUUCUAGCUUUGUAGGCAUGGAGUGAAUCAGGGCCUUUCCUGAACUUGGGUCCCAUCACCCCUCCCAGUGGAUGCCUUAGAGGGAGAAUGAAGGAGGAAGGCAUGCCUGGGGGGGGGCGGGGGCAGCAUUUAUUAGAACCUUUGAUCAACCCAGGCUCUACCCUAAACCCCUAUCUAACCUCCUCAACUCCCUAGUUUUCUCUUCUUAGUCUAUUCAGAGAUGCCCUUGAGCACACUGAAAAGGCAGGGAUGAUAGGACCCAGGUUGUUCCACCUCAUCAUCAGGACCCCUGCCAUGCUGCUACUCAUUAAUAUACCUGCUUGUCCCUUUCAACUCACCCUCCCAGUCAGCCAGAAUCUGAGAGGAAGAGCCCCCAGGGACCUCCAUGUCCCAUCAGACACUGCUGACUGCUUUGCAUUUUUGACUCUUCUGUAUAUUUUGUAAAAUAACAAGUACACCAGAUCCAAUAAAACACAAUGGCUAUGCACAG